UAAUAAUCAUUCAUUUGUUUUAACUAUUUUGAAUGAAAAAUGUUACAUAGAUAUACUCUCAAAUUUUGCUUUCAAGAUGACAUAAAGUAUUAAGUUUAGUUAAAUUUAUUCUCCAGUGAGAAUGAGAUCCAUUAAAGAUUUUUACCUUCAAAGUCUGGCUGCCAUUGUUGGUGAGAAUAAAGGAUGCAAAUAUUUCACUUUAUGUUAUCUAAAUAAAUUCCAUUACAACUAUUACUGUAUUGCUUAACAGCCUCCUUAGGUGCACUGGCUUUAGGUACUUGUAUAGGAUGGUCUUCUCCAGCAAUUAAAAUGCUGGAGGAAGGUCAGUUUCCAUCACCUUUUCCUGUGACAAGGUCCAAUACACAGACAUAUGGAUCAGUAUUUGGAAUUGGCGCAGCUUUUGGCGCUCUACCCGCUGGGACUGUAGCAAAAAUAUUUGGUCGUUGUAAGAGCAUGGUCAUUUUCGAGUUAUUUAUGUGUUUAGGUUGGCUAUUCCUGACCAUACCGAGAGCCGUAUGGAUGUUGAUUGUUGGACGAAUACUCCAAGGCAUAGGAGUAGGUGCUUUGUGCGCCGUCAUACCUUCCUACGUUGGUGAAAUUUCCCAGGCCAGCGUCAGAGGUAACCUUCAAUCAACAUUUAUCUACAUUUUAGCUAUAAGCACACCAUGCUUAUUUAGCAUUGUUUAUUUGAUCUCAUUAUAUUAUAAUAUUUUUAGACAUAUUCUUUUUAACAUUUUAUCUUUAACUAUUAUAUUAAAGCUAUUCAUAUCUUUAGCUAUUAUAAACCCAUCAUUUCGUCAUUUUACUAGAGGAUUGGGCUCCAUGUUUCAAGGAUUAACUGUGGUUGGUAUUAUGUUCGCCUACGUAGCUGGUGCCUUUUUGCCUUAUGUAUUCUUUAAUGCCGCUUGUUGUGUCUGGGCAGUAAGCCACAUUGUAGGAGUUUUACUCAUUCCGGAAUCUCCGUAUUAUUUCCUCAGCAAGAACAUGGACGAUAAAGCAGCUCUUGCGCUAAAAAAAUUACGAGGAACAAACGCUGACACCACUCAAGAACUGGCCGAAAUAAAAAAAGCCAGUGAGGAACAAACUAGAUCGGAAAAAAUGUCAUUUUUUGAAGUCAUGUCGAGUAAAGUGAACAGGAGGGCUUUGUACAUCGGUGUUGGCUGUAUGUUUUUCCAACAAGCCAGUGGUAUCAAUGUGGUAGUUUUUUAUAUGACCGGUAUUUUUGAGGAUACCGGCAGUAACAUCAAUCCGAAAAAGGCUGCUAUUAUUGUUUCUGCAGUUCAGUUGCUUAUGACUUUUAUAACAAUGUUAGUGAUAGAUAAGGCUGGUCGUCGGAAACUAUUGAUAUUUUCAGGUGUCAUGAUGGGAAUCAGUCACAUAAUUUUGGCCCACUAUUAUUUUCACUACGAACGAAACCCUUUACUAUCAGAGUCAAUAGCUUGGAUACCGUUGGUGUCUAUUGCAAUGUUUAUUUCAGCUUUUGCUUUGGGAUUUGGUCCUAUACCCUGGGUAGUUAUGGGAGAAAUUUUUUCUAAUGAAGUCAAGCCAUAUGGUACCAGUAUUGCCACGGCCAUCAAUUGGCUGUUGGUGUUCUUGGUGACAUACUCAGCAGAGUAUUUGGCUAAGAUUGUGGGUAACGGUGGAACGUUUUUGAUUUUUGGUUUAUUUUGUUGGAUAGCUGCAGUAUUUUCUUUGGUACUAGUACCUGAAACUCAAAACCGCACUCUUGCUGAAAUUCAAAAAGAACUGGCUGAAAAAUAAACUUUAUUUAUAAUUUUAUAUUUAAUUUUGUAAAAAUAGU